AUGAAAGUAAAGUAGCUUUGUAUUAGUUCAUAUAAGCCUCCAGUAUAAUCUUAAAACUGGGCUUAAAGUCUAUUUUUGAAUCUCUAUAGGUGUAAUUCAUAACAAAUUUCUCGUCAUUUGCAUCGACUUAAAGUCAAUAAAGUAGUGAAGGGAGGGUAGAGCUUUAUUUUUGGAGAAGAGAAAGUUGGACUAGCAGUAGGAGUAAAGGGUUCUUGUUAUAAUGCAGGAGGAGAAGUAGCGAGGAGAGCAAGACAAUAUGGAUUUGGUACAGUUGUAUUAAGUCAAAAUGAAUUAAAUCUGAAAGAAACAUCUUAAGUAAUUUCUGGAUUGAUUCAAGCAAAUUAUAAGUACAAGUUAUUAGGAGAUGUAGCAUAAGAGAAGUAGUAAAGUGAUGAAAAUAAUGAUCAAUAUAGUUAUAUAUAGGAAUUACAUGUUUAAGAAAAUAUAUUUGAAGAUCCUUACUUUUAACAAUUGGUUCAAUUAGCUUAAAUAAAGUUAUAUGCAAGAGAUCUGGCAAAUACAAGGCAAGAAGGAACACCCUAAUUUUUUAUUAAUGAAGUUAAAAAGCUAUUCAAAGAUAAUCCAAAUGUUGAAAUAUAAAUUUUAGAAGGCAAAUAAUUACAAGAAUGUUAAUUGAAUCUCUUUUAUGCAGUUGGAUAAGGAUCAAUUCAUCCACCUACAUUAAUCAAUUUGACAUAUAGAGGAAAUAAGAAUUCACAGGAAUUACAUGCAUUAGUGGGUAAAGGGAUUACAUUUGAUACUGGGGGUUUACAUUUAAAAUCUUAUGGUCAUAUGGAAAAUAUGUAUCUUGAUAAAUCUGGAGCCUGUAAUGUAUUGGCUGCUUUUAAAGGAGCUGUAGAUAUGAAAUUAAAAGUAAAUGUUACAGUUACUUUGGGAAUGGCUGAAAAUGCAAUCUCAAAUACAUCGUAUAAUCCAUCCAAUAUUUUGAAAAGUCAUAAGGGAUUAACAGUAGAGAUUAAUAAUACAGAUGCAGAAGGACGUUUAGUUUUAGCUGAUUGUUUAAGUUGGACAUAGGCUACCUAUAAUCCAACUACAAUUGUGGAAAUAUCAACAUUAACAGGGUCAUGUAAAGCAGCUUUAGGAGGAAAUACAGGAGGAUUAUUCAGUAAUAACGAUAAGUUGUCACAAGAACUUUUAGAAAUAGGAAAAGAAUUGUAAGAACCAUUUUGGAGAAUGCCUGUCACUGAUGAACAUCAAGAUAUGAUGAAAGGUAAAUUUGCAGAUUUAUGUAAUACUGGAAAAUCAAAAAUUUGUGGAGCAAGCAAGGCAGCAGCAUUUUUAUUCAAUUUUGUCGAUGAUAAGGUAUUAAUUAUAAAUAGAAUAGAUUCCAUUUGCUCAUCUUGAUAUUGCAGGACCAAAAGAAAGUAAGACAGAUAAAGGUAUCUAUCCUUUAGGAGCAACUGGAUUUGGUACUUAGGUUUUAUUGAAAUACCUUUUGAAUAAGUAAGAGUGA